AUGAACAACAAUCCGGUAACGCCAUCGCCGGCCGAGCUCGCUCAGUUUCUCGUGAGAAGUUCCUCGGCGAGCAGGCCCAGCUCAAAUGCACCGCUGCUUCCAAACGCUCCAGCAGCAGCAUUUAGGCCGUUUCCAGCGAACGCUCCCGCACCGAAUAUCGCGUUGCUCGCUCAGUUUCUCGCAGCUCAGCUCCGGGCUUUCACGCCAGCGCAAAACUCUCAGCAACAGCAGCAACCUUUCGAGGCUUUCCCACCGCUCGGCAAGCCAGCCGCGAACGACCUCGCUGCGAGUUCCUUGCAGCAGCGUGCGGGACCGGCUCCAAAGCCCGGGGUUGCCAACGCGAAAGCCUCCAACAAGCAGCCCAAGACCGACGAGAAGGACGCGUCCUCGUCGUCGGCGAAUGCGAGCAAUCCUUCGCCUCAGUGCGCGGACACCAACGACGCGUCCAAGGGACGCUCGGAGCUCGUCUUCCUCGUCAACCGGCGGAGCAAAGUGGGUGCUGGAACUCACCAUCUCAUACUCUCCGACUUGUCCGCGUACUUCCACCUUAGCAUCGUCGACGCUGCCAAGAAACUGGGCGUGUCACAGACAACUCUGAAGAAAGCUUGCCGGAAGUUUGGAUUGAAGCGAUGGCCCGGUCGAAAGGUGAGGAGCCUGGAGAGCACCAUUCACGGUUUAGAGCACACCAUCGCCGUGGGACAAGGUGCCGGCAUGGAGGAACUCACAGAGGCUUACAUGAGAUCGGAAGUUCUCAAGCUCCAGCAGGAGAUGGAGCAGCUUGUACACGGGAUUCCGGCCGCUCAGGUUAAUAGUUCUCCCCGGCCGAGCUUCUGCUCGCGCGCUAGCUAA